CCCAUUGGGCUUCAUGAUCUUUCUCUUCCUAAAAAUGGCGUCGAACCUUAUCCUAAAACCUGAGAGCAGCAGCCGACUCGAGACUGAGGAGGAGGAAGCCGUCACAAUAGUUAAAAGUUCAAGAAAAGAAGUGGAUCUUGGGAACGGAAGCGAGGUGAUCUAUAUAUCCAAAUUCUUAUCCUACGACCAAUCUUGGCAUUAUUUAGAAUACCUUAACAAGAACAUUCCUUGGACUCGACCCACCAUUCGAGUAUUCGGUCGACCCUUUCUACAGUUAGGUGAGGCCCAACCUCCUGCUUACGAGUAGGAAUAUCUUUCCCGCCCUUUGAAAUGUGAGGACACUUUUUAAAAAUUGAGGCUAACAAACGACUUCUUACGGCAGCCUAGGGAUACUUGCUACAUUGCGGGUGAAGGGUUGCCAGACCUGGUUUACAGUGGAUAUCAACCACAUGCAUAUUCUUGGGAAGAAUUCCCUCCUCUCAAGGAGAUUCUUGAUGCUGUUCAUAAAGCUAUUCCCGGAACCUUCUUCAACAGCUUGCUUUUGAAUAGGUACAAGGGAGGGAACGACUACGUUGGAUGGCAUGCUGAUGAUGAGAAACUUUAUGGGCCCACUCCGGAAAUAGCAUCUGUAUCCCUAGGAUGUGAAAGGGACUUCUUUUUAAAAAAGAAACCAAAUAAAAUUUCCCGGGGUAAAAAUGGUGAGGACGAGGCUCCGAAAAAGCGAUCUAGAAAGCACAUUGCCAAUACAGAGCAACACCAUUUUGCACUAAAACAUGGGUCAUUGUUGGUGAUGAGAGGAUAUACUCAACGGGAUUGGCUCCAUUCUGUGCCUAAGCGUGCAAAAGCUGAGGCAGUACGAAUCAACCUCACCUUCAGGCACAUUCUUUGAAAUGUGAAACAUUUUGUUCCCAGAAAUGGAUCAAAGAGUUGUUCAGAGUGGGUCGUGGUCACGAAGGAAGGGCAAACUCGGAUAGUCGUUUUUUAAAUUAUCACUGAUCAUAACUAAGUAACUUACUACUACGUAUAACAGAUGUACAGGUUACUGUAAAUAAGUUGGAUUUUUUUGUUGUUAAAAGGUAUAAUUGUAAUGAUCUGAACAUGGCAUGUGCUGUUUUUUGCAAUAACCAUAGUUAGUUAAAUACGAUACGGGAAUUAAACGCGGUUUAAUACAUACGCGUUUUAUUCGGUAACAUUAUUG